AUAUACCUGUUCUUGAUGAUGAUUACAUGACACCUAUGUAAUCGAUGUGCUUGAUGAUGAUAACAUGAUGCAUGAUUCUAAGACGCAAGGACGAGCCUUGAACUAUGAGAUUCGCCCAUUUGGUACGACGAACUCACGCAGAAAUAGGGGUGGUACUCGAAAAACUAAGUACCAUGUACGUACACUAAGCCCGGUCCGUGAUGUCGGACUUCUAAGUCCCGCACAAUCACAACUACAAGAGACGCACUUCCGCCUGAUCUCUUGCGCAUGCACAUGAUGUGAUAUGUUUACAUAUAGAAGAUGAAAUUAAUCACAUGAUAUGAACAAUUUGUAAACAACAUGAUUGGAUAAAUAUACUUUAUUUUAUUUGGAUGAAAUCUGAUAAAAAUAUCAUUAAAAUAAGUUACGGGGCUCAGAACACCGUGAUGGUCAACCGUGGUGGACCGGCGGUUGACCGUUGUUGACUAACUGAGAAAGACGGUCCUCGGCUCGGCGGGCGGCAGUCGACUGUCAGCCACCGGCGGUCGACCGUUUGGCUGACAGUCCUGGUUCGUCUCGAAGUUUAACGUGACGGUCGACCCUUUGCGUCGACCGUUUAGGUCUGUGAAAGUUUCUCUUGAUAUUUUGAGUGUCCAAAAAUACUUCUUUAAGUCUUUUAAACACCUUUGAUUAAUAUAUACAUUUUUGGGUUGAUCUCAAAUGUUUAUAUAUACUUAUGUAUGUAUAUAUAUAUAUAUAUAUAUAUAUAUAUAUAUAUUAACUUUAUGGAUUUGGUAUAUUUUGGUCUUAACACAAAGAUGACUAAUAUAUGUGUCACAUAUAUAUUUUGGGAUGAUUUCAACAUAUGGAUUAACAUAUAUGUUCAUGUACGUAUGUGAUGAAUGAUUCGACAAGUCUAACGCAAAGGUACGGACCUGGAAAUCAUCGGCCGAAACCUUACGGAUGAGCGGGAGUGGAAACAACAUCGAAAUUUGCCAACUUUGUCAUUUCCGUCACAACUGGACAACUUGCGGAUGAAGACAAAAUUUUUCAGAGACACAGGGUGAUAGUCGAUUGUCAAAGCUUGAUAAUCGAUUAUCCAAAGAUUCCCUGUCCAAAAAUUUAAAAUUCUAUCCGUUGGAGGACAACGGUAACCCAGAUAAUCGAUUGUCAACAAGUGAUAAUCGAUUAUUGGUCCUCUUAGAAGAUUCUGGGCUUUGGCUGCAAAGACUGAUAAUCAAUUAUUGCAUAGCUGAUAAUCGACUAUUGCGUGCUCCAGAACUUUGGAAGUUCAAAGCUGCAGGGGCUGAUAGUCGAUUGUCACUAAGGAAGUUCUUCGAAUACGUUAUUUUUUCAGGAACUAAAAGAUCAAAUGGCAUCAAGGAUGUUCAACGCAGGAGUGACCGAGGGACAAUCAACCACGAGGCCACCAUUGUUCGAUGGAACAAACUACUCGUAUUGGAAGGAGAGGAUGAGAAUCUUUAUCCAAUCUAGCGACUACAAGCUAUGGUUGAUUGUGAAGAACGGCUGCGGAGUCCCUAUGAAGAAAGUCGGUGAAGUCAACGUCCCCAAAACAGAAGAGGAGUUCACCGACAAAGAUUGCAAAAAGAUGGAGCUCAACGCAAAGGCAAUAAAAAUGAUUUAUUGCGGUGUUAACGCGGAUGGCUACCGCAAAAUCUCGCGGUGUGAAACCGCAAAACAAAUGUGGGAGAAAUUGGAGGAAAAUGAGAAGAUUGAGGAAAUGUUUGAGAGAUUCUCUAACAUCAUCAAUCCCCUCAAUCUUCUCGGGAAGACAUACACCGACCGAGAGCUUGUGAGAAAGGUGCUGCGAAGCCUAUCCCCCAAAUGGCGUUCAAAGGUGGACGCAAUCGAAGAAGGUCGUGACUUCCAAACAACGACCUAUGAUGCUCUUCGAGGUAAUCUUAUUACCUACGAAACCACCCAACUCCCAAAGGUGGUUGAAGAGAGGAACAAGAGGUCUAUUGCUCUACCCGCAACAACAUCAGCCCUCAACAACGUUGAUGAUGAAGAUGAUGACAGCGACGACACCGACCUCGGACUCUUUGUCCGAAAAUUCAAGAAGAUGAUGCUCAAGAAGGGAGCCAAGAAGAACACUCCACCCAAAUGCUAUGGGUGUGGUGAAAUUGGACACAUCAAACCAAUGUGCCCAAAGCUCAAGAACAAGAAGGACAAGAAGGCACCGAAGAAGCAGCGUGCCUACAUUUCUUGGGAGAACGACGGCUCCGGGAGUGAAGACUCGGAAACUGAAGAAGUGGCCAACUUGUGUCUCAUGGUCAUUGAAGAUGGUGAUACAUCAAAAGAGGUAAGUAAUCAAGAGCCUUCUCCCAAUGAUCCUUUAACUCUUAAUGAUGUUGUUUGCAUUGUAGAAGAUUUGUUCUUCCUUGGGCUGCAAAUUAGACAAUGCAAAGAAGGAACAUUCGUGUGUCAAACAAAAUAUUGUAGGGAAUUGCUUAAAAGGUUCGAUGUUACCGAAUCCAAAUCCAUUGACACACCAAUGAGCACCUCUUGCUAUCUCGACAAGGACGAAAAAGGUAAAGAUGUUGACAUCAAGCGCUACCGAGGAAGGAUGCCAAGGUGCAAGAACGCUUCCUCGGGUCAAGAAACCACGGCAGAGGAGAAUGAGAGGCCAUGGCGUCGUGAAGGGAGCAAGUACAUUCACAUACAAACGGGUCUCGCCUUCAACACUGGGGCUUCAGUCGAGAGGUUCCACAACACCUUCCUGACGAAGGAGAUUGUCUCUCCUAAGAUCGUGAACAAGGACCUCUUCUAAUCGGCGACCUAUGCCCCGAGUAAGUCUCUGUUUCUUCAGCAAGGUUUGCUUCGUUUCAUUAAUUUGAUGUAAUGCCCCAAAAAUAGGCUUAUCAGAAUUAAUUAAUUGAUAAUUAAUUAAUUACUGAGAAGGACCCAAAAAUAUGUGAAUUAUAAUGUUUGUCAAUAAGUAAUAAAAAACUAUAUCGUUA